GAAAAUGAGCGGCAGAGGAAAGGGAGGAAAAGGUCUCGGCAAAGGUGGCGCAAAGCGUCACCGCAAAGUCCUCCGUGACAAUAUCCAGGGAAUCACCAAGCCUGCCAUCCGCCGUCUGGCUCGCCGCGGAGGGGUGAAGCGUAUCUCCGGUCUGAUCUACGAGGAGACCCGCGGGGUUCUUAAGGUCUUCCUGGAGAAUGUGAUCCGUGACGCCGUCACCUACACCGAGCACGCCAAGAGAAAGACGGUGACCGCCAUGGAUGUGGUCUAUGCCCUGAAGAGACAGGGACGCACUUUGUACGGCUUCGGAGGAUAAAUCCUGACUGCUGUUAUCAACACACAAAAGGCCCUUUUAAGGGCCACCCACUAACUUCGUGAAGAGCACCCUUCCUCAUUAAAUAUAGUUAUGACUAGUGAAAGUAAUUAAUUAGAGCACUCUAAUCCAAUAUAGAGCCGUGCGCUGCUGUGGGCCUGCCACGGAUGGACGUCCAUCAUUGUAAACGUUAGAUCUUCAUGCAGAUUAAACUAAGGCGCUUUCUUAUUAUGCGUUCUUGUGUCGA